AUGUCUCAAAGGAUGAAUCUGUCUUUCUUUCACAACCCAGAUUUGGAAGUGCUGCAGCAAGACACUUCUGAAAUUUCCUUCCAAUCAUUUGGUGUUAAUCAUGACUAUCCUCCCUCUCGUAAGAUUGAUUUCUCAGCAAGUUCGCGAACCCUGUUGUCUGCGAACUCGAUGAAGUCAUCUCAUGCUAAAGAAAUAUUGCAGAAUAAUAAGAUGGAUCAAAAGUCAUAUAUAGGUGUAAGAAAAAGGCCUUGGGGGAAAUUUGCUGCAGAGAUCAGAGAUACAACAAGAGGAGGGAAAAGGGUUUGGCUUGGAACCUUUGAUAGAGCUGAAGACGCUGCUUUAGCUUAUGAUCAAGCUGCAUUUUCAAUGAGAGGUGAUAGUGCUCUUCUCAAUUUUUCAGUUCAAAGGGUGAAAGAAUCUUUGCAAGAGAUUCAAUAUGAUUGCAGAAAAGGAUCUUCACCUGCACUUGCACUCAAGGAGAGACACUAUAACCAAAGAAAGUUAUCAUCAAAAGGUGUAAAGAGUAAUAAUAAAUCAGGAAAACAAGAUCAAUCAGAGGAAUCAUCAUCAUCAUCAUCAUCAAGUGUUUUGGUGCUAGAAGACUUGGGAGUUGAAUAUCUUGAGCAACUUUUAACUAUGUCUGACCAAAGUACAAGCAACAACAGCUACUUCAAGUCAAUUAGUUAA